UUGAGUCAUAACUCAACUAGUGGAGGAGGAGGACAUUAGAUACAUAAUUCUAUUGUAGUGUUUUGUUAUCAUGAUAUAGAUUUUUGCAUGAUGGAUGACAGGAGGUGGAUGGGGAAGGAUAGCAGGGAAAAUGGAUUAAAGACAAAUAUUCAAUUUUAUUAUUCUAGACAAGGAUUAUGCUCCUCUCUGCAGUCACUGAGGCAUUGUACAGCCGCCGACGUUGCCCCACAUCACUGCAACAGCAUGGAGGCCUGCUAAUCUCUGUGUAUCCGUUCAUAAGUGCCUGGCUUAACAUUAACAACAUUCUCCCAGCCUUGGGCAACGUCAGAGUACACCCUAUGUCUACCAAUCCUGCUCCUGAGCCACAAGCAGAGACACUGAAACGAGAGGUUAUUUGCUGUGGCCCACUUCUCACAGCAACUCAGAGCCAGAUGAAUCUGGAGUACUCUAAGAGUCGCAUGGGGACUUUUGUGGAUCCUGGACAUGUGGCAGAGGUAUCCCCAGAUGAGGGGACAUCUUCAGACAUGCCAGACAUAUUGUCCAGGAGGAAGUUCAAGCAGACCUCCGGUGAUCCAGACCUCCCAUGACGCCUGCAAACACAUAUAUGGGCAGAGAAGUGUUUUCUGUCUUUGAAACUAAGAAAACCAAUUUCACUCUGUAUAAUAGUGUUUUGUUGUGGUGCUUUUUUGCCUCAGUUACAGUGACAAGGUGGGUAAUUGAAUGCAUUGUCGAUGUUUGCCAUGUUAGGAUGGAGAAUAUAAUAUAUAUCUAACCGUUAAAUAAUGUAUGCUAGUUAACAUCAUUCAAUCAAAAUUCAGUUUUUCAAGAUCACUCAUGUCACCAGAGUCCUUGUGUUGCUUGUCAGUUUGAUUCCUUCCUCACUUGCCCUCUUUGGGAUACACUGUUCGGGUUCAACAACACCACAUUGGCCAAUUGCGCAACCAAAAAUAAUUUAAGCUGAUUAAUAAUGUGGGUGAUUGGUAUUUACACUAAGUGAGUUUAACUGAUUCAACUUGGUUUCAUUCAUGUUGAGUUGAAUUUAACCAGUUCAUGACAGUUAUCUCACAGAGUAAUAUGAGUAAAAAAACAUGUCUAAGGGCUUGAUGACUGGAGUCCAUAUACGUCAUCAUCACUGACUUUCAGUGGGGGGAGAUAAGUAUCUACACAGUAACUUGGGUAACACUUUAGAAUAAUGGUCCGUUGUUAACAAGUAGCUAUGCAGGAAGUAAUAGGUAGUUCUACAUUAACACCAAAUUUAAUACUAUGAACUAAUAUGGAACCAAGAUUAACUAAGCAGUAAGUAAUAGCUAAUUUACAACAAAGGUAGUUCCUUGGUAGGUAUUUGGUUAUUAAUAAAUAAAUGUAUUCUCUUGAGAACUACUUGUGAACUAUGACCAAUUAAGAAAAAAUAACCAAUUAAUUACUAAUCACAAAAGUAACAUGUCUAAAAAGUGAACAAUUUGGUUGUUUUACUCAUAACAUGGUCAUAACCUUUCAGAAGCUUGUGCCUCAAAUGGGUUCUUUGUGGAAACCAGUUUAUGAAUAUUAUAUCCCCCCAAAUACGUUAACUACAGGUUGAGAUUUUGCCUACUCUUACCAAAGGAUGGACGAAUGUCCUCGGUUUAUUUCAAACUUAAACAUGGUAUAAUACAAAUAAUGAUAAUUUUUAAUAAUUAGGAAGUGAUGCUGACACUCUCAUGUUUGGAUUAGUUUACUAUUAUGAGCUCUUGAGUGUCAGUUCAAUGUCUCAGACUCCAAAGACCUACCUUUAUGUUACAGUAGCCGCCUGAGGAGGACUUCUCUUUAGGAUAUGAAUAUAAACAUUGAUGUUCUCUUUUCAAAAACAAUCUGCAUCCUGCAUUUACGUUGCGAUAAGUGCAAAACCACAUCUUCCAGAUUACAAUGUUUGUUAAAAUAUCACUAGUGCCUCACAGAAAUGUUUGC